CGGCCUCCGGCCGAAGACGGCCUCCCACCGCAAGCCCAGCCGCCCGCCGGGUCCGGCGCGAGGGAGCCAUGUCGGCGCUGCGGGGGCUCUGGCCCGACGUGCGGGACACCUGCGCCUCGCUGGGGCUGAUGCUGUCGCUGGUGCUGUUGACGGGGCUGGCCCGCGUGAUCGCCCGGCGGCAGCGACACCGGCCCGUGGCCCACGCCUUCGUCUUGGAGUUUCUCGCCACCUUCCAGCUCUGCUGCUGCACCCACGAACUGCAGCUGCUGAGCGAGCAGGACCCCGCGCACCCCACCUGGGCGCUGACGCUCAUCUACUUCUUCUCCUUGGUGCAUGGCCUGACCCUGGCGGGCACCUUCAACAACCCGUGCGGCGUGAUGAUGCAGAUGAUGCUGGGGGGCCUGUCCCCCGAGAUGGGCGCGAUGAGGCUGCUGGCUCAGCUGCUUAGUGCCCUGUGCAGCCGGUACUGCAUAGGCGCCCUGUGGGGCUUGGGGCUGAUCAAGUAUCACGUGGGCGACAGGACCUUGGCUUGCCGGAGCCCCAUCCACGUCGACCUGCCCCGAGCGGUCGUCACGGAGGCCGUCUGCUCCUUCAUCUUCCACAGCGCCCUGCUGCACUCCCAAGAUGUCCGAGCCAAGCUCCGCGUCCACCUGCUGGCUGCGCUCAUCACCUUUUUGGUCUAUGCAG